AGGAAACAGUAUUUAAUGUUGACAACACACGGGGAACUUGAAAUCAUGAUGAUGAUCAUCAUUCAGUAGACGAAAGCUUAUACACGAUGUUGGAUUGCCCCCAACAUUUAAAAAACUAAACCAAUUGACGAGUAAAUGCGUGGGUCUCGAUUAAAUUGUACUCGCCAAGCAGUUGUUCAUAAGAACUUAAACAGGGUUUGCCUGUUUUUGUUUUUUUUUUUUAAUUUUAAUUUAGUUUUUCAUUUUACCAAAUAUAUUUAAAAAUUUUAAUCAAGAGCUUUAUUUGCUCUGGAAAUUAUUUAAUUAUUAAAAUGAAAAAUAAAUGUGCUAGUUUUAUUAUUUUCAUUUUAACAUUGUGCUAUUGUAAUGUGGCAAUUGCAACACAGUGUGGUAAAGUUUGGCUAUCUGUUUCAUCACUUUGGCGACCAAUUGUUGCUAGUGACAGAGUUGUCGAUGCUGAACUUGAAGUUAAUUGGGAUUUAGAUUGUCCACCAAAUAUUGAACUACCAGAUACAAUCAAAGUUUUUGAUGCUAAUCCAGUUCACAAUUCGAGUUUGAAGCCAUUAUUAAUUUUAAUACUUGCUGAACAUCCAUAUGGUUAUUAUCGUACUAAUAUUGUUGUUGGAAGACCAGUAUUACCAGGUGGAUGGGACAUUGCUGAUGGUGCAACACUACCUGGUACUCAUUGCCUUAAGCAUCAUGCUGCUUUGUACAAAGACAAUGCAAUAUUAACAAGUUCUUGUAUUGGUAUUUGGCCAACUUGGAUGUAUGAUUUAAGACGACAACUUGGAAGACUACCAAUUGGUACACUCAUGAUACCUGGUACUCAUAAUUCUGGAUGUUACAAACAUGGUGAUUUAACACGUCGUGAUGCAUUUCAAAGAUAUUUAUUAACUCAAGAUCGUGAUAUUUGGACACAAUUAGUACAUGGAAUAAGAUAUUUUGAUUUAAGAGUUGGUUAUUAUCCUCCAAUAUCACAUAAUGGAACUAGAAUUGAUGAAAUUGAUAAUAAUCAUACCAGUAGAUUUUGGAUUAAUCAUGAUGUCAUACGUAUUAAUCCAUUAUCAAAUAUUAUUAAAGAUAUUAAAAAUUUUCUAGAUGUUGCAAGGGGUGAAGUUGUCAUUAUGGAUUUUCACAGAUUUCCAGUUGGUUUUGAGGGAAGACAAGGAAGACAUCGUAAAUUAAUAUCAAUACUUCAUCGUGAAUUUGAAUCAUUAAUAUUAAAACCAAGUCGUGGUGUUGAUGGUCUUGGACCAACACUCAAUCAAAUAUGGAACAGUGGUAAACGUCUUAUAAUAUGUUAUAAUGACAAACACACUGUUAAUGAGUAUGAAUGGCUUUGGCCACCAUUGACCCAAGCAUGGGGUAAUCAACAAACACCAGAGGGACUUUUUGAGUAUCUUGAAAGUUUAUUAAUGAAUCCUAUGAAAACAAGAAUAACACAAAAUCCCAUGUGGGCAGUUAUGGCUGAAUUAACACCAAGACCAAUGGAUGUUAUAUUUAAACCAUCUGGUAGUCUUCGUCAAAUGGCUGAUUCAAUUAAUAGAAAUUUAACAAAAUUAUUUCAACGUGAAUGGUGGAAACAAACAAAUAUUGUUGCAACUGAUUUUUUUCUUGGCAAUAAUAUUAUUGAUGUUGCCAUUCAAUCAAAUAUUAAAAAAAGCAAUAUUGCCCAAUGGCAACUUUAAAUAAUCUUUUUUUUUUUUUUUGCAAUGUUGAGUGUACUCAAUUCAAAAAUAACAAUAAUAAUAACAUAAACAAAAUAAUAUUAAUAAAUUAAAGUAGAAUAAAAAUUUAUAAAUUUAAAAUUAAAAAAAAAAAAAACAAUGUAUCCGUUGUGUAAUUUUCAUCACUUGAAAUAUUAAUAAUAUCACCUCGAAAUAAAUUCAAUGACCGGCUUGGUCAUGUAUAAA